AUGUGGCCCGUCUAUGACCGGCACGUGUAUAACGGCUCGGUCGGCGAUCCCUACACUAACCCCAAAGCGCCCGUCCAUUUCAUCACCGGAUCAGCCGGAUGUCAAGAAGACAUCGACCCAUUCGUGCCGAACCCCCCGCCCUGGAGUGCCGUACGUAUCCGCGACUACGGCUACACUCAGAUGAAGGUGUGGAACCACUCGGUGAUCGAUUUCACGCAGAUAUCCAGCGAUAAAGGAGGCGUUGUCGUCGACAAGUUUACCGUCGUUAAGGAGAAGCACGGACCCGAGGCCUGGCUAUAGGGGGAACGGGAGGUACUAAUGGUGUAAUACUUUUAUACAUACUGUUUGCUUAUGUUUUAUUUCCGAUAAAAGCCUGAAUAUAUAUAUACCGGUGUAUACCGUAAUUAUAAUGUAAUUAUCGCUACAAAUUGUGGGCU